GAGAAGACUUCGAUUUAUGUGCUCAGUUUUGGAUGUAAACAAAUCAAAUCAGUCUACCAGUUUUAUAUCUUGCAUCCAUAAAAUUCUAUUAACACCACAAAAUUUACGGAAAUGAGAAACCGGUAGAAACCGCAGCAACAUGGACAAAGUGGUGCAGAAGUGUCUUACACCGAACUGCGACUCUACGACGGGUCAAUCCGGCAUUAGCUUUUUCGACUUCCCCUGUGAAAACAAGGAACUAAUACGCUCCUGGAACAAGGCACUAGGAUUCCGUGCGAACUGUAAGCACAUUCCUGAUCCGAAGGUUUGCGAACGGCAUUUCCACCCAGAUGAACUUGAUCGGAAUGUUGACCCGCCAACGCUAAUCCGGUCGAAUGUCGUACCAUCAGUAGAUGUGGUCUCCGCUGCAGUUGGCAAACCGGAAGUAAGGGAUGAGAUUGGUGGUAGCAGCAAUGAGUCGAGCUAUUGCCGACUAUGUGCGAAAGUGGAACGACAGCCGCUGAAAAACAAUCUUGAAAAGCUAAUGAAGUGCAGCGAUACGGCCAAAUUGUUGGAAAUAUGCUUGGAAUCGAGUCAGGAGUAUGAGCUGCUUCCCAGUGGAGUGUGUGAUGCUUGCUCUCACAUGAUAAAGUUCUGGAUCAAAUUCAUAAGGACAUGCAGUUGUGCGCAAAGCAAGUUGAUUAAAAUUUUCACGGUCAAGGAAGGAAUGAUCAAGGAGGAUGACGAAGAAGAUAGGAAGCCGGAUGCUGAUAACGUUAGCUCAGUUAUUAAGAAAGAGGCGGAAGAAUCCAGCGAGCUCCCAACGGAUUAUUUAAUGGUGGCCGUUGAAACUGAUGACAAAUCCCAAGAAUUAGGUUUUAUCAUAAGUGAAGAAACGGAAAAUCCAGAUCAUAUGCCGUUAGCUAUGCAGAAGCUAGAAGACCACUCAUCAGAAGACGUGAAAGAGGAACCCUGUGAAAUGGAUUCUGAUUCGGACUAUGAUAUUCGGAAAGAUUUCGUGGCAUCUUCUAGUUCCGAUAGUCACUCUGAGACGGAUGAUGACGACGCUGAUGAAUAUGAUCCCGAAGAGGAACAAAUGGCAAAACUUCGUAAGAACAUAGCGUUGAAAUACGAUCCUGAUGAUGAUUUCGUUGAAGAGAAGCCGAAAAAGAAACGCGGUCGGCCUAGAAAGAAUGAGCCACGCCCUCCUAAAGGAUCUCGAAAGCCCAGGGAAAAGCGGGAUAAGAGCACGGACGACAAGCCAGCAUCUUUAUCGAAGCAAGUUUGCCAAAUUUGUGGCAAAAUCCUGUCAAGCAGUGCCACAUUCAACGUUCACAUGAUGACGCACACCCAACAGAAGGACAUAGUGUGUCCUAUAUGCGAUCGGCGAUUCUAUGUCAAGCAGCAGCUUAAGAUCCACAUCGAGUCGAUUCACGAGAAGAAGGACUUUGUGUGCAACAUCUGUGGGCUGAAAUGUCGCUGGCGGAAAAGUCUCCGGAGGCAUAUGCUCCUCCACGACGACAAUCCCUACAAGCACAAGUGCACCUAUUGUGACAAGGCGUUCGCCCGACCAAAUCAGUUACGCUAUCAUGUUAUGAAACAUACCGGAGAUCGGGUAUACUGUGACAUCUGCGGAGCAGAUUACAGAUUUAAUUACAUGUUAACGCAACACAAAAUACGCAAGCAUGGAAUUGUGGUCGAAGGUGUUCAACUAUAUAAGCAAAGUUCCCGCAAAAAGAAAACAGAGGGUGGAGAACAGUCAUCCAGCCCUAGGAAAAAUCGUCUGGUCCAACAAGCGGAAACACAAAUACAAUUGCCGGUGGAUUCCCCGGUGCACCCUUCCAUUACACCCAUAAUACAGCAGAUAGCUCUUCCUGAGCAUGACCGUACUAAUCAGAGCGAUCUGACGCAUGUUUCGGACCUGGGAAGUCCAGCCACAACAGCUUCGUUUGCAACAAUCGGUUCCCCCGAACCGCUACCACCACAUUUCCAAGGCCAUCCACACUCGCACCCCGUUUUGCAGCAACACCAAGCACAUCAUCACCAACAACCAUCACCGUUGAGUGGAUUCAAUGGAGAAGCACUAGCCAUGUCGAUGCCAUCUGGUCUCAUUGGAUUCACAUCGAUGAGUAGACAAUAGACUAAUUGCAUGCUUGUUAAAGUACGUCGAAUUUUUACAUCAUCAAAUAAUAAAACAGAACGACAUGCAUCUUUUUAAA